GGGCUGAGAGUGCAUUUUUAUUAUUGUGUUUUUAUGAGAUCUGGAGAUCUGUGUUGGGUGAGGGGUGGGGUUGGGAGGAGAAAAGCACAUAUGUUGAAAGAGGCAUAACUUUCUUCCUCUCUGUGUGCUGGGUAAGAAUCCCUCCUCCCCCAGGGGUUUCACAUUCUGAGCUCCAGGUGACAUCUUUGUAUACAGUGAACCAGUAUUCUUAGUCUCUGGACCACAACUGUAAAAUUCUUAACCUUUCUGAAGAUAUUUUAUGUUUUAGGGCGUUGAAUAAGAAUUGUCACAUCUUAUUAGGAAGUAUUUCCUAGUAUGGCUGAAGUGGGAGGCUAGGUUUGCUUGUGACCUUAAUUCCCACCGCCAACCUGACAGGGCAUUUUAUACAGCGGUCUGUGGAAUGUAUAGAAACCAGUACCAGUGCUGUGAUCCUUAGUGUUGACUAGGAUCAACCUAAGACAGAAGCUUGUCUUCAGAGAGAGCUAAAAGAAAGCAGCCUUUUUGUUGCCAGUUUAAAACAAUACUGACAUUUCAAGAGCAAAAGGACUCUAGGAGAAGACGUUCUGCAGAAGUGCGCUCUGUUGUGGGAGACAGACCUUCAGAUUUUCAUGCUCUUGGUCCUGUGUUCUAGCAGGCUGGCCACAAUAAACAUCAUUCAAGAUGUCCAGCAAAGGGAGCAGCGCAGAUGGCAAAACAGACUUAGCCAAUGGAAGCCUGUCCAGCAGUCCAGAGGAGAUGUCUGGUGCUGAGGAGGGGAGGGAGACAUCCUCAGGCAUUGAAGUGGAGGCCUCAGACCUGAGCUUGAGUUUGACUGGGGAUGAUGGUGGCCCCAACCGCACCAGCCCAGGAAGUCGGGGUACAGAUACAGAGAGCUCAGGUGAAGAUAAGGACUCUGACAGCAUGGAGGACACUGGCCAUUACUCCAUCAACGAUGAAAACCAGGUCCAUGACCGCUCGGAGGAGGAAGAGGAAGAAGAAGAGGAGGAGGAAGAGCAUCCUCGGCGCCGUGUCCAGCGGAAGCGGGCCAGCCGUGACCAGGACUCGUCAGAUGAUGAGCGAGCCCUGGAGGACUGGGUGUCUUCUGAGACAUCCGCCCUGCCCCGCCCUCGCUGGCAGGCCCUUCCUGCUCUUCGGGAGCGGGAGCUGGGUUCCAGUGCCCGCUUUGUGUAUGAGGCUUGUGGAGCAAGAGUCUUUGUGCAGCGUUUCCGCCUGCAGCAUGGGCUUGAGGGCCAUACUGGUUGUGUCAACACCCUGCACUUUAACCAGCGCGGCACCUGGCUGGCCAGUGGCAGCGAUGACCUGAAAGUGGUGGUUUGGGACUGGGUGCGGCGGCAGCCAGUACUGGACUUUGAGAGCGGCCACAAAAGCAAUGUCUUCCAGGCCAAGUUCCUUCCUAACAGUGGUGAUUCCACUCUGGCCAUGUGUGCCCGUGAUGGGCAGGUGCGGGUAGCAGAGCUGUCUGCCACACAGUGUUGCAAGAAUACGAAGCGUGUGGCCCAGCACAAGGGAGCAUCCCACAAGUUGGCCCUGGAACCGGACUCUCCCUGUACGUUCCUAUCUGCAGGUGAAGAUGCAGUUGUCUUCACCAUUGACCUCAGACAAGACCGGCCAGCUUCGAAACUGGUGGUGACAAAAGAGAAGGAGAAGAAAGUGGGACUGUAUACGAUCUAUGUGAAUCCUGCCAAUACCCACCAGUUUGCAGUGGGUGGACGAGAUCAGUUUGUAAGGAUUUACGACCAGAGGAAAAUUGAUGAGAACGAGAACAAUGGAGUGCUCAAGAAAUUCUGUCCUCAUCACCUGGUGAACAGUGAGUCCAAAGCAAACAUCACCUGUCUCGUGUACAGCCACGACGGCACAGAGCUCCUGGCCAGCUACAAUGACGAAGACAUUUACCUCUUCAACUCCUCUCACAGCGAUGGGGCCCAGUAUGUGAAGCGAUAUAAGGGCCACAGGAAUAAUGCCACAGUAAAAGGCGUCAAUUUCUAUGGCCCCAAGAGUGAGUUUGUGGUGAGCGGCAGUGACUGCGGGCACAUCUUCCUCUGGGAGAAGGCAUCCUGCCAGAUCGUUCAGUUCAUGGAGGGGGACAAGGGAGGCGUGGUAAACUGUCUCGAGCCCCACCCUCACCUGCCUGUACUGGCAACCAGUGGCCUCGACCAUGAUGUCAAGAUCUGGGCACCCACAGCUGAAACUUCCACCGAGCUGACAGGGCUGAAGGAUGUGAUAAAGAAGAACAAACGGGAGCGGGAUGAAGAUAGCUUGCACCACACCGACCUGUUCGAUAGUCACAUGCUCUGGUUCCUCAUGCAUCACCUGAGACAGAGACGCCACCACCGGCGCUGGCGAGAACCUGGGGUUGGGGCCACAGACGCAGACUCCGAUGAGUCUCCCAGCUCCUCAGACACAUCGGACGAGGAGGAGGGCCCCGACCGGGUGCAGUGCAUGCCGUCCUGAGGCCUCGUACCCAGGAGGGGCGGGCUGGGGCUGCCAACCCGAUCCUGCCUGGACAGCCCUUUCCUGUCCCAGGCCCUUACAUUCAGCAGACACGCACUUUGGACUUUUUGCUUUAGAUAAAAAAGAAAGACAUCCCAGGAGACAGACCAGAGGGGGAGUGAACCUGCGGAGUAGCUAAGAAUGGGAGCCAAGCCCCGGGAUGAGCUCCAUGGAGAGGUGCACAGGGCUCAGCAGAAAUGGCCUCUCCCCAAAGCCUUGUUUUUUGGGAGGGGGGAGCCUAUUUUGUUAACUGGUUUGGGGUAGGAAAUUGGGUUUCCUUUUCUUUAAUCUCCCUUGUUUCUUGGGUGGGGGGGUGGGGAUAACUGGCUGUUCAGUACCAAUGGGCCAGAGUGGGGGUGGUGGAAGUGCCACUCUCUCUUUGGUUUAGGUUUUUGGCCUUUUUCUUCUUUAUUUUUUAAAAGUCUGUGACAGUUGCAUUGGUUUUUUUUUUCCCCCCUGAACAACCCCAACCCAGGAUCUUGUUUUUUUCUGGGAAGUCCUUAGAGCCCGUAACCAUGCCACACUCUUGACUUUCUUUCCCACCCAUUCAUCCUUUGUACUUCCCACAGUGUUUCACACUUGAUGAUGUGUCCUUCACGUUCUUCUCUUAAUCCCAUCACCCCUAACUAGGUCUGGUGAGGGAGGCUGGGGGGGUGGGAGGAGGGGCAGAAGUGGAGGAAGAAUAGGAAGGAUGUGUUACCUCUUCUGUUACUUUUAAAAAAAGUUGUUUGGUGGCAGCAAUCUCCUUGCCCUGUCACUGUUAGAGGCCUAAUUUUAUAUCUAUAAAUAUAUUAAAAAGCAAGUCAAACUUGGAUGUAUCACGAUAAAAUUGUCAGUUUUAAAUACCUAUAUAUUCUCUAUGACUACAAUAAAGGGACUGAAAGGAGA